AGCGCCGCCGGUUUCCGUUGUCGGGCGGCCCCGGGCGCGCACCGCGGCAGCGCUGCGGUGGCCGGUUCGUAGGGAACACAAUGAAAGAAGGAGAAAUAAGGAGGCUUUUGGCUGCCAACUUCCUCUGUGUUUUUUCAGUCAUUCUGACAGCAGUUGCUCCGGCUUUCUUCUGGGACGGAUUCACAGUUCUGGGGACACACCUCACGUGGUUGUGUAUUUGUUCUGUUUCUGUUAGUACCGUUAGUAUAGUAUUGCACUUAGUCCUUAAACCAAAUCUGUCUCAUAAGAGAAGUUCGUUUGCUCACAAGAUAUCCAGAUUUCUAAAAUGCUGUGUAUACUUUUUCAUGUCUUGCAUACUAUUUCAUGCGAUUAUUGUUCUUUAUGGAGCACCUCUCAUAGAGUCAGUGACUGAGACAUUUUUGUUUGCAGUUCUCCUGUCUACCUUUACUACUUUACAAAGCUUGUGUAUGCUGGGACCAAACAUACAAGCAUGGAUACGAGUAUUUAGUAAAAAUGGAGCUCUGUCCAUCUGGGAAAGCAGUCUACAGAUUACUACUGUGUGCAGUCUACUUGGAGCUUGGUUUGGAGCAUUUCCUAUUCCUCUUGAUUGGGAUCGGCCUUGGCAGGUAUGGCCCAUUUCCUGUUCCCUCGGAGCUACCUUUGGCUAUACAGCUGGCCUGAUUAUUGCACCUCUGUGGAUACACUGGAACCGAAAGCAGCUUACGUACAAAAGCAGAUAACUGGAGCAAAGAGAGACAAGGAACUUAAACUUGCUGGCUUCUUCAUGGUUUUCUAGAAGCGGAAAUCCCUAAGUUUUCUCUAAAAGACAUAUUGUUUUAGCAUCUGUAAAAACAGAGCAUGGAUUCAACUGACUUCAAGUGGGACUGGCAAGCACAAAUUCACUUCAACACCUUAUACCAGUUGCUUAUCCACUAUGGAGCUCCUAAGAAGUGUCAGAGUAACCGCCAUGGAGAAGCCCUUUCACUCCUUAACCAUGAGAAAUCACAAGGCUGCAUUGCGUUCCUGCGCCGCUUCCUUUCUCACCAUCAGUGACCUCAUGAGCAGCACUCUUCUCACACAGGAUUUCCACUUUCUCCAAGAAAGGAAUUCACCCCAGUUUUGGUGACUGCAGCCAUGAACAAUCAGGAUUUUCCAUUCUUUCAGAUAUGGGCAAUAAAGGAAAAAAAUAAAAUUCACCCUGACACAGAGGAUCUGGUCAGAUCCUCUACAGAACCUGCUCUUUGGAAAGAUGAGUUCUUUCACUUUAUUUUUACAGAAUAUGACCAUCAAUAAAUCUGUUCUCACACUGAAAACAGACUACGGAAUAGAGAUAGAUGGUUUAAUAUAUUUAUCCAUAUGAUAUCAGACAUGUCUUUUCACUUACUAACUGUAUAAAUCCUGCCCAGACAAGAAAGACUGAUCAGUUAGGUGUCCCAUUCCCUUUCAUUUUUUACAAAUAAGCCCCAAAAGCCCAUUCUUCAGUCCAGUGUUGAGCAACAGCUGUAAGAUAGAAGACUAAGCCUUCACACUGACUCCUCAAGAUUAAUUUCCAUCACACAACUCCUCAGAAGACAAAGUGCCAGAGUACUGGUGCCAUCAUGUGCACACUAAAUAACAUGUCACGGUGAAAGAGUUUCUGGAAUUAAAGGAGUUCCUAAGAGUCUUCUGCACCUCAUUUUAUGUCCAGUCCUGAUCUGUCAGGGCUAACAGCUUCCACUGAAGAACCUAGUAAAAGGAGUCAACAAUUUCACUGCAGCAGAUGUUAAGGCAGUUGAAAAACUGCCUACAGUUAUUCCUAAGUGAGGAAUACGUCAGCCAUCUCACUGCCUGUGGCUGGGCUAUCAGUCAUAACUCAAGACGCAGCCCAGGUCACGCCUGGCAUCCAUCCCUUAGUGACUCCGCCACUGCAUCCCAACUGGAAAUCAAACCAACAAGGAACCAGCAUUAAGUCCUACAGAUGAUCUUCUAGCAUUCACGGCUACAUCUAAUUUAGAGCACAAGGUGCCUGAGGCACUUUCAGUCUGUGUUUUAUUCAUCUGAAGCAGUAAGUUCACCUACAAUGCUGAUAGAUGUUCCUCUGCUCUGGAGAAUAAUGCUGCCACCUGCAUUUUCAUACACACAGCAGCGAGUGCCAGCCAUCGCAAAGAAUUACUGCGCACAUGCCACAACAUGGAUGCAGUGCAGAGCAGGAUUAAAACCAACUGAAGACAGUAGCCACUAAUGCAUCAAGCGACACGGCCUCUUCAGAACCACUGAAAGCGUCCUGUGGCAUCCAGACACAUUUUUCUUAAUACAAAUCAUCCCAUCACCAAUCCAAACCUAUAGGCUGCUUAUAAAGCCACAGAACAGAGCAGUAAAAAGAUACAGUUCCCCUCCUCUCUGCCCUCAUUUUGCAUUUUUUCUAAUUAGAAGAGGGGCAGUUUUGUUCAAAAUGCAACUGCUUUAAGGUUUAAAAAAAAAGUCCUUAAGCUCUUUCCCAAAGCAUCCCUUUUAGUAACAUUGAUUUUAAUAAUUCACAAUAAACUGCAGGAUUUGGAA